AUGUCUUCUAGAAAGCUCUCAUCUGCAGUUGCUAAAGCACAAGACUUCGUCGACUUCGUCAACGACUCCCCAACUCCCUACCAUGCGGUUCAUUGCGCGGUGCAACGACUCGCGAAAGCCGGGUUUGAAGAAAUCAAAGAGCGAGAUAGCUGGUCCUCGAGCCUGCAACCCGGCGGCAAAUACUACCUGACAAGGAACGGCUCCUCAAUUAUCGCAUUUGCUAUAGGGAAGAAAUGGAAGGCUGGUAAUCCAAUUGGCAUGGUUGCCGCACACACCGAUUCGUGUACCCUUCGCCUUAAGCCUGUGAGCAAGAAGACGGGUGCUGGAUUCAUGCAAGUCGGUGUCGAGACUUAUGGCGGGGGAAUCUGGCAUACAUGGUUCGAUCGAGAUCUUAGUAUCGCGGGAAGGGCGAUGGUUAAGGAUGGGAAAGGGAACUAUGUCCAGAAGCUCAUUAAGGUCGACAGGCCAAUAUUGCGCAUCCCGACGUUAGCUAUCCAUCUCGAGCGUGCCAGCGUAUUCGACCCGAACAAGGAGACUGAACUCUUCCCAAUCGCUGGCUUAGUGGCGGCUGAACUCAACAGAAUUGGAUCAAAGGGCGACGAGAAGAUAUCUGAGCUGGAGAAGCAGCAGGACGAGGUCGACGGGCCUUUCCGACCGCUCAAAGUCCUCUCAGACCGCCAUCAUCCAUACGUGGUUGAAAUUAUUGCAGAACACGCCGGGGUGGAUCCUGAGGAUGUGGUGGACUUUGAGAUGGUGCUUUAUGAUACCCAGAAAGGAUGUAUCGGUGGUAUUAAUAACGAGUUAAUCUUCUCUGCUAGACUCGACAACCUUGGGAUGACCUAUACCGCUGUCGAGGGACUGAUCACUUCGGUCUCAUCGCCAUCAUCCCUUGAUGACGAUUCCACCAUUCGACUCAUAUCAUGUUUCGAUCAUGAAGAGGUUGGUAGCACGAGCGCGCAUGGCGCGAAUUCGAAUUUCCUUCCAGCAGUUCUGAAGCGCCUAUCCGUCCUUCCCGCCGCUAUUUAUGAUGCAGCAUCGGACAAUUCAUAUGACAAGGUGCACAGAGAAGCCGAGCUGGACAUUGCUACAGCUUACGAACAGACACUUUCGACCUCAUUCAUUAUUUCCGCUGAUAUGGCACACUCGGUUAACCCCAACUACAUCCAUAAGUACGAAUCCGACCACCGCCCUGAGAUGAACAAGGGCCCCGUUAUUAAGGUCAAUGCAAACCAACGGUACACAACAAACUCUCCAGGUAUCGUUCUUUUGCAGGAGGUUGCUCGUCGGGCAAAACCAAGUCAAGACCCGGCAUCGUCUCCUGGAGUCCCGCUCCAACUCUUCGUCGUUCGCAACGAUUCAUCCUGUGGAAGCACAAUUGGUCCCAUGCUCUCGAGCGCUCUAGGCACACGUACGAUUGACAUUGGGAACCCACAGCUUUCCAUGCAUUCUAUCAGAGAGACCGGUGGCGUUUACGAUGUUGAGCUCGCAGUGAGAUUGUUCGAAUCGUUUUUUGAACACUUUUCAGAGUUAGAGUCUAGGAUCCUAGUCGACUAG